AUGGCAUCUCUCCUCAUUGGUUCAUUCCUCUGUCGCUUGGAGGAGGCAGUUAUCAUCUGUGGAUUCCAGGAAUCUCCUGGAUUGCUUGUGCAACAAGAUGAUGUGGUGGUUCAGCAUGUGCAUUUCGAUGGACUUGGAAGGACCAAAGAUGACAUUAUCAUGUAUGAAAUAGCUGAUGUUUUCAAGGCUAAAAAUCUCAUUGAUGUGAUGAGAAAAUCCCAUGAAGCUCGUGAAAAGUUGCUUCGUCUAGGAAUCUUUAGACAGGUAGAGGUUCUGAUUGAUACCUGUCAAGGAGAUGAUGCCCUUCCAAAUGGUUUAGAUGUAACAUUUGAGGUAACAGAAUUAAGAAGACUAACUGGAAGCUAUAACACUAUGGUGGGCAACAAUGAAGGCAGUAUGGUACUUGGGCUCAAGUUCCCAAAUCUCUUUGGACGUGCAGAAAAGGUAACCUUCCAGUUCUCCUAUGGAACAAAGGAAACUUCGUAUGGCCUGUCAUUCUUCAAACCACAGCCUGGAAACUUUGAAAGAAAUUUUUCAGUUAACCUGUAUAAAGUAACUGGACAGUUCCCUUGGAGCUCUCUUCGUGAAACUGACAGAGGAAUAUCAACAGAAUUUAAUUUUCCAGUCUGGAAGACCAAUCACACACUGAAGUGGGAGGGUGUGUGGAGAGAACUUGGCUGCCUUGCUAGGACAGCGUCCUUUUCUGUUCGAGAAGAAAGUGGACACUCUCUUAAAUCUUCUCUCUCUCACGCUAUGGUAAUUGAUUCCCGGAACUCUUCAAUCUUGCCAAGACGAGGUGCUUUGCUAAAAAUUAAUCAGGAGUUGGCUGGCUAUACAGGUGGAGACGUGAGGUUUCUAAAAGAGGAUUUUGAAUUUCAGUUGAAUAAGCAACUUAUCUGGGAUUCGGUUUUUUCAGCAUCACUGUGGGGUGGAAUGCUCAUACCUAUUGGAGAUAAGCCAUCCAGUAUAGCCGAUAGAUUUUACCUUGGAGGACCAACAAGUGUGCGUGGAUUCAGUAUGUACAGCAUUGGACCCCAGAGUGAAGGUGAUUACUUGGGAGGAGAAGCCUACUGGGCUGGAGGGUUGCAUCUGUACACCCCUCUCCCUUUCCGGCCAGGCCGGGGAGGGUUUGGAGACCUUUUUCGAACACAUUUCUUCCUUAAUGCUGGAAACCUCUGCAAUCUUAACUACGGUGAUGGUCCCAGAGCUCACCUGCAGAAGCUGGCAGAGUAUAUCCGAUGGUCUUACGGUGCCGGCAUCGUGCUCCGACUUGGAAACAUUGCUAGAUUAGAACUUAACUACUGUUUCCCCAUGGGAGUGCAGUCUGGUGACAGGAUAUGUGAUGGCGUUCAGUUUGGAGCAGGAAUCAGAUUUCUAUAGUACAGAAACAUUUUACAUCAGUUUAUGAAAUUGUGCUCUGUAAUUGAAAUCAAGACUAAAAAAUUGCUUGAUACGGUCUUUUUUCUUGAAAUACAGAUACGCAUCCGAGUGAUUUACCUCUCAGACUCCACAACUAAAGAAUUAAAGAAUUACACUCUAAAA